UAGGAGUAGAAUGUAACACCAGAGACAAAUGUAACCUAACAAAAAACAAAACCUAAACAAAUUAAAAAUUGAGAAUGGAGUGUAAAUAUCUUAAUAGUUCUGCGAAACACCUAAUUAUAAGAAAUGGUUUGGUUGGUGCAACUUGUUUAAAUCAAGAGAUAGGUUUAUUCGAUUUUGGAAAUGUUAUUGUUCAAAAAGAUUACUUGGAAUGUUCAAGUGUCAGAAUAAUUUCAGGAGGUGCUCAUUAUUCGGGCGAUUUAGUAGGAAAAGGAAUGCUUACAGCUGCAAUACAGGGUGACAACUUUGCGGCUCCUGCAUCAAAUACGAUUUUACGCACUCUUCAUGAACUGGAUUUUAAUAAUACAAUGGGUUCGCUCGUAAUUGUUCCUUGUGAUACUGGAAACACUUUAAAUUUUGGUUUAGCCAUAGAAAGAGCUUUGAACAGUGGCUUGAGGUUAAAAGUGAUCACUGUAUAUGAUAAUUACUUGAAUGAAAAGCAGACAACAUCCUUAAAGGAAUCAUUAGGAGGGAUUAUUCUACUGUAUAAAAUAGCAGGAGCAAUGUCAGAAGAAAAGAAAACUCUUUCAGAAAUAUAUAAUUUCUGUCAGAAAAUACAUUCUAAUAUGCUAAGUAUUGAAAUAGAUUUGACCAGGCCAGAAAGAUCAAACCCAAAUGUGUCAUGUACCUGUUUGGACGACAAUAUGGCUGCUAGAAAAAAUGUUUCAGAAAAAUGUUCAAUUCAUUCCAUUAAAGUAAAUUUAGCAAGUUUGAUUAGUGUGUCCAGUGCAACUGAAUUCACAGUAGAGGACUGUAAUUUCGAAUCUGAAGAAAAAAGUGGUAAAUUAUAUUUUGAAGAAAACGAUUGCGUAGUUAUUUUACUGAAUAAUAAUAUGGCUUUGAGUAAAAUUGAAGCAUACUUUUGUAUCAAAGAUAUUGUGGAAUAUUUAACAGCCCUACAUAUUGUGGUGACUAGAGUUUAUGUUGGAAGUUUUAUGAAAGUAGCUUUUGCUAACUUAUCAGUAACUUUAAUGAAAAUAUCCAGUCCUGAGGUUUUGGUAUAUUUGGAUGGUCACUGCACAGCUCCAGGAUGGGCCAAAGUGAACCAAGGGCUUGGACCAAUGACGACAAACACAAUUUUAACAGGAGUGCUGAAAAAAACUGUUCGGCAAGAAUCUCCCACAAAGGGCCCGACGAUAUCGAUUCGAGCUACAAAUAUUUUACUAUUUUGUAUGCAGUUCGCUUGCAGUGCCCUGAUAUCCUGUGAAAAACAGUUAAACAUUAUUGCUUCAGCGAGAGUUAAUUCAAAACAUUCUGGAGACACUGGAACAAGAAUGAAAACACUUGCUGAACUUAUAUUAAAACGAAUGAAGCAGGAUAAAGUUGUACUGAAAUGUCCUUUUGCAUUUUUUGAUAACUUGAGUAGAGUUUUAGAAAAGAGUCUAGGUGGUAAUACGGGAUGUAUUUACAGCAUACUUUUUGCAUCUGCUGCAAAUGUUUUCUUAAGAUAUGGCGAGUCUGUAGAUGUAUCGGCUCACAUUUGGUUAAGAUCUUUCGAAGGUGCAGCUGAAGCACUUAAGAGAUACGGCAAUACUGAAUACGGUGAUGGUACCAUGUAUGACCCUAUCUAUGACUUUUGCACUGUUUCCAGAGCGGAAUAUCAAAGUGGAACUGAUGCUCUUACAGCUUUUGGAAGAGGCAUACAAAAAGCCGAGGAGGCUGUAGAAUUGACAAAGAAAGACAAACUCUAUCCCGAUCCUGGAGCGCAUGCUGUGGGGAUUUGGAUGAGAGCUAUAUAUGAAGGAUUAAAAGUAAGAUGGCCAAAUUAAAGUGAAUCUGUGAUAACGACAAAUAAAGA